CGGCCUCGCGUCCUCUCCUGCCCCGGCGAGGGGAGCGUCUUCCCCGCGGCCACUAUGCCCCAGAGCGGGCCAUGCUGAGGCUCUGGGCCGCUGUCCCCAAAGUUGUCGCGGUUGCCUUCGGCCGCUGUGGCCCGCGCCGCCUGAGCGCCGGCAUGUUCUACGCCGUGAAGAGGGGCCGCAAGACCGGCGUGUUCCCCACUUGGAGUGAAUGUCAAGCACAAGUGAACCGAUUUCCUGCUGCCAGGUUCAAGAAGUUUGCUACUGAGGAUGAGGCUUGGGCCUUUGUCCGAAAUACUGCAAGCCCUGAUCAUUCAACAGAGCAGAAAAAGAAAAGUGACACAGAAGACCCAAAAGUGAAACCACACAAGAGACCCCGUGAGUCAUCAGAUGAAGAGGAAGAGCCUUGCUCAAAACUUACAAAACAAAAUACAGACUCAGUACCUUUACUUAGCAAAGAUACAUUUUCUUACAUGGGAGAUGCAGCUGUGGUUUAUACAGAUGGCUGCUGCUCCAGUAAUGGGAGGAGGAAAGCACGAGCAGGCAUUGGUGUUUAUUGGGGGCCAGACCAUCCCCUAAAUGUGGGUGAUAGACUUCGUGGGCGACAGACGAACCAAAGAGCAGAAAUACAUGCUGCCUGUAAAGCAAUCGAACAAGCCAAAAAUCAAAAUAUCAGUAAGCUGGUUCUCUACACAGAUAGUAUGUUUACUAUAAAUGGUAUAACAAGUUGGGUUAAAGACUGGAAGAAAAAUGGCUGGAAAACAAGCACAGGAAAAGAUGUCAUUAACAAAGAAGACUUUGUUAAGCUUGAUAAACUUAUUCAAGGCAUAGACAUUAAAUGGGUGCAUGUUCCUGGUCAUUCAGGGUUUGCAGGCAAUGAAGAAGCUGAUAGGUUAGCAAGAGAAGGAGCUAAAAAAUCUCAAGAAUCAACAUAGCAUAAUUUUAUAAUCUAGUCAAAAAGCAAACCAAGUGCUCUUUAGUCAUUAUUUGUGUGAAAAUUUGCCUAUAAGACAUGAACUAUUGCAGGUGGACUUGGGACAUUCUUGCUUGAUCAGAAAGACUGUGUAGUUUUCUGUUGAAGUAUGGUUCAGUAUAUUAAACUACCCUUCACUUUACCCUGACCAAAA